AGCUGUCAGCGCGCUCUCGCAGUCUAUUUUGAAGGCAGGCGAUUGGAGCACAGCGCGGGGGUGAGGACGCCCGCUGUCAGCAUACACGCUACCCUACUCACCAUUAACCUGUCAUUUCAAAACAUAUCAGGCUUUUUUUGAGCGCAAAAUCGAGGUGAAUAUCCCGGACGCUCUAGCUCGCCGUAUCAAGGACGACUUUAAAUUCUUAAAGCGUGUCCGAGUCCGAGACUGGAAGACAUGGCCACGACUACAUGUACGCGCUUCACGGACGAAUAUCAGCUGUACGAGGAGCUGGGCAAGGGAGCGUUUUCAGUGGUGCGACGAUGUGUGAAGUUGAGCACAGGCCAAGAAUAUGCCGCCAAAAUCAUCAACACCAAAAAACUGUCCGCAAGAGACCAUCAGAAGCUCGAACGAGAAGCUCGAAUCUGUCGUCUGCUGAAACACCCCAAUAUUGUUCGUCUGCAUGACAGUAUAUCAGAGGAGGGCUUCCACUACCUACUGUUUGAUUUGGUGACUGGAGGUGAACUGUUUGAGGACAUUGUAGCCAGAGAGUACUACAGUGAAGCAGAUGCCAGUCACUGCAUCCAGCAGAUCCUGGAGGCGGUGCUUCACUGCCAUCAAAUGGGCGUGGUGCACCGAGACCUGAAGCCAGAGAAUCUGCUCUUGGCCAGUAAGUGCAAGAAUGCCGCUGUGAAGCUGGCUGACUUUGGACUGGCCAUUGAGGUGCAGGGAGACCAGCAGGCAUGGUUUGGAUUUGCAGGGACACCAGGUUACCUGUCCCCUGAGGUGCUGAGGAAGGAGGCAUAUGGCAAACCGGUGGACAUCUGGGCCUGUGGUGUGAUUCUGUACAUUCUGCUGGUUGGAUAUCCACCUUUCUGGGACGAGGAUCAGCACAAACUUUACCAACAGAUCAAAGCUGGAGCUUAUGAUUUUCCAUCUCCAGAAUGGGACACAGUUACUCCUGAAGCCAAAAAUCUCAUCAAUCAAAUGCUGACCAUAAACCCUGCCAAGAGAAUCACUGCACAGGAAGCUCUCAAACACCCAUGGGUCUGCCAACGCUCUACUGUGGCUUCCAUGAUGCACAGACAAGAGACCGUGGAAUGCCUGAAGAAGUUCAACGCCAGGAGGAAACUCAAGGGGGCCAUCCUCACCACCAUGCUUGUGUCACGGAACUUCUCUGUGGGUAGCAGGCAGACCACGGCUCCCGCCUCGGUCACUGCGGCUGCGGCUGCAGUAGCCGCGGCGGCAGGCACCACUGCAGGGCUGGUGGAACAAGCAGCCAAGAGCUUGUUGAACAAAAAAGCAGAUGUUAAGAAGCGGAAGUCGAGCUCUACCAUUCAGUACAUGCCCCAGACAAACAGCACCAAAAACAGCAUAGUCACCAGUCCCAAAGGAAACCUCCCCUCUCCUGCACUGGAGGCACAGACCACUGUCAUCCAUAAUGCAGUGGAUGGGAUUAAGGAGUCGUCGGACAGCAGUAAUGCCACAGUGGAGGACGAGGAAAUGAAAGGAAAGGCUGUAGAUAACAGUUCAGUUAAGUCAAACCCCAGCACCCAGCCUGACUCCGCCCACACACCUCCAGGCCCCUCCCCCGCUCUCUUCACUGCCACUAAGUUCACUGAUCUACUGGGUGUGGUUCGUCGGGGCUCUGUGCCCACGUCUGAUGGUGAGGGGGGAAGCACUAUCACUCCAGCUGUAGUUUCUGCCCCCUCCACUCCCCAGACCCCCAACAUUCCCACACAGAUGUCACGUUUGACUGACCUAGUGAGCAGCGUGCGCAGACCUACAGCCCCCCAGACAGACGCUGAGGCAUCAGCAGCCAGCAGACCCCUUACUGCCCCAGUAUCUGCCCCAUCACACCCCUUCCCUUCCCCUGCCCAACCAUCCUCAAGCCCCCUGCCGUCAGCACAUUCACGCAAACAGGAGAUAAUCAAAAUCACAGAACAGCUUAUUGAGGCCAUCAACAAUGGCGACUUUGAAGCCUAUGCGAAAAUCUGCGACCCUGGACUCACCUGCUUUGAACCUGAGGCCUUGGGAAACCUGGUGGAGGGGAUGGACUUCCACAGAUUUUACUUUGAGAACUUGCUGUCUAAAAACAGUAAGCCCAUCCACACCACCAUCCUCAACCCUCACGUGCACCUGAUUGGAGAAGAGGCCGCCUGCAUUGCCUACAUCCGUCUCACGCAAUACGUGGAUGGGCAGGGCCGGCCGCGCAGCAGCCAAUCAGAAGAGACGAGGGUGUGGCAUCGCCGUGACUCCAAAUGGCAGAAUGUCCAUUUCCACUGUUCGGGAGCUCCGGCCGCCCCUCUACAGUGAAGGUUGAGCUCAUUGUAGCCGCAUCUAAUGAGUGUCCAGCCAGAAAUGGAGAGUGCAAGAGUUAAAGAGAGAGUGAGGGAGGGGGGAAGUUGGAGAGCGGGAGGAUGGAAAGCGAGCUCAGUGCUGGGUGGCUGUGAGUCUGCAGUGCCUGACCCUCCCACACUGGGCCCCGCCCCCUCACCUGUCAAUCACCUCACCUGCCAAUCACUUUUGUGCAUUGUCUUCUGUCUUACCUUCAACUUUACCCCCUCCCUCCCUCCCAGACACCCUCCCUGUAUCUUUACACCCGUGCAGAGACUCCCCUUGUUGUGCACAUGUGCUGUGUGGAGUUGGACAGUCUUUGAUUAGUACGGAUUAAUAAGGCCUCAGAGAGUCGUCUGUGAAACACCACGCUUUCCGUCGCACCUUUCCAGUGUGAAUAAUGUUACACUGAAUCGCUGUCCUCAAUUACAGUGUAGAUUUUCAAUAUUAUUGUUAUUAUUAUUAUUAUUAUUAUUAUUGUUCUUACUGUUGUUAUUAGUAUUAAAUACAAAAGCAAUUGUACAUGUCACUUAUACCAUUCAUGUUCUGAAUGCCAAUGAUUUUUAAUUUAUGUAAGACUUUUCUUUUCCAAACAUUUUUUGGAGAGCAUGAAUUUUUCAGUAUAUCCAUAGCGGCCAUUUCCGUGGUGAUAUGGAGGAAUAAUGGUCGGUGUUUAUGUACAGGCUUCUCAGUGUGAUUCACAUCCAACCGAUACGUCUGUCCAUGUGUGUGCAAACGUAAGUGGACAUAUGUUGGUAUGUGUAACUGUUUUGGGGCAGAUCCUACCAGAGCCUCAUCAAGAACGACGUGACGUCCGGGGUCUUCCAGCUUUAGUUGUUAUUUCUCGCAUUAUUAACACAGAUUUGAAAUAAUUCAACAGAUUUCAGUUUAUAUUGAAAGAACAAUUCCUGGUUUUUGGAAAGCCACAAUCGUGCUUUAUAUGUAACCCGUGACAUUAAAUUGCAACGUUAGUAUUAGAUGUUAGUCUUGCGAUUUUUAGAUUUUUUAUUUUUUUUUCAUUAUUUCUUUAGCUGAACCAGCGGUAUUAAAAAAGCACCUGUACAGGUGGACCGACCUGAAUAAAAGCCAUACCUCAGCUGAACAUGCCAAUGUCAUAGGCAAACCAGAUGACCUCCUCAUUCAUGUGUUUUCUAAGACUAUGGAAAGAUAUGGACGUCCAAUGACAUCAUUAGAGGAGUUUGUUUGCAAAGCGGUUAUUGUCUCUAUGCUAGUAGUGUAGGUUUAGAGUUAUUGGAGGCCAUUAAAAAGCAGCUGGUUCAAGUAAUUUGGUAAAAGCUGAAGAUUUUGGUAGUUUUUAGAAUACAGAGUUACAUACUUCUGCUCUUUUGAGUUGUUUUUCUUCUUUUUUUUUUUUGCUCUUUCAACAUUUAUAUUUUUUUCAACAUAUGGUGUUGACUAUUAUCAAUAUUACUCAAUCUAUUUUUGAGAAUUUAUAUAUAUAUAUAUAUAUAUUGUCAUUGGUGUGCAAGACUUUUAAGGAGAGGCUUUUGCUUUUGGAUGGGCAAAGUGCAAGGUGUGUGAAGACCUUUUGAAGAAUUAUGUGAAGGUUCAUAGGCGAAAUCAGCAGCAAUAGUUUUAUAUUUUAGAAGAUGGUAAGAAAUAAUUUAUGAAGUGUACGUCACACCUUGUGCAACUUUACGCUGGUUUCAGUCUACUUUUGAAGGCUUGUAAUCAUGGUGAACAGACGUGUCAGCGUGACAUCAUCACCUGGUCAUGUGACUAUUUUAUUGACCUUAUAUUGUGUCCUCGGGUUGUAUUUAUUUAUUUGAUCAUAUUAUCACAAUUGCUUCUUAAGUUUGUGUGCGUUGCACACUUUGUUUCAUGUUUAAACUCACUAUCUUUGAGCCACAUCAUAUCAGUGAUGACUACUGAUCUUUUUUUUUGUUUUGUUAUUUUGUUGAAAGUAAUUGAAUCAAAGAUAAAAACAGAAAAUUUUUCAAAUCCAAUCAAAAUACUUUCAAACAAAGCGACCCCUGUGAGGCAUGUGUAUGUGUGUUUGUGCUCCGGUGUUCUGCUUCUGUUACAGUUGCGUCUCAUUCUUGGAUGCAUUAUCUCAUGCAAGACUUCACCUGUGUUUAUAUAAGUUUCACGCCAGUCCACUCCCUUAAAAAAAGACAAAAUAACAAAAAAAAAAAAAUAUUAAUAAUAAAACAGCAUGUAAAAAGUGUACUAUUCUCUGUGUUUAGCAACGAAAUAAACAUGUUAAUGAGUGAAAGUGCACAUCACUAUUAAAACAGGACAUACAGUACUGAAACUGCAGUUUACUUGCAUUUCAGCUGGAAUUUCUUUGCAUGACAUUCACUUGAACACUAGGUUUGGUGUUAUUUCUCUUUUUGAUUUCAUUUUUUCUAUUGAAUGCUGGUUUACCUAAAACUUUCUCUUAUCUGUUUUACCAGCUUUGUUAAGUGCAUACAUAUAUAUAUAUAUAUAUAUAUAUAUAUAUAUAUAUAUAUAUAUAUAUAUAUAUAUAUAUAUAUAUAAUAUUUUUGUCCCAAAAUGAUGCUGACAAUGGCAGUGUAAAUGACGAAGACAAUAGCUACGAAAUGUCGAUGAUAUUAAGAUUAUGGAAAUGGUGAUAUUUCUACGGCAUGCUUUUGUAUUAAGCUCAUUGUUGUCAAUGCAGGGUGACUGAUAUUUCUAUUAACGACUAUAAGAUUACUCAUUAGUAUGAGACUGCUUGACUUCAGAGAAGCACUUGCAAUAUUAGCUCAAUAUGCAUGGGUUUUACAAAAUCACUUUAAGCUAAUUUGUAUCAGCAUUGACAUAGUUCUGCUGUUUGUGCUUUGCGGAUGCUCACCAAACCUGAAUGGCCAAUCAAAUAGUGGAUUGUUUUUGACUUUUAUCAGUCUUUUAUGACUAACUUAAUACAGCUCAGUAGAUAACAGAGAUCCAGAGUAUUUCCACCUGCACCAACAACGCCAUCCGUCUUUAAGCACAGGACUGUUUCCAUUCCACUUGUCAUAUCAUUUCUAUGAUUGGAAACAGUACUGGAUAGUUUCUCUGAAGUUGAGUUUUCUCACAGUAGCCCUCUGUUAGUUUUGUUUUUUCUGUAUAAGAUAAUGUUCUCUUUGAUUUCUGAUGAUUCUUACUCUUGUUAUUGCUCUGUUCUCAAACAUGCUCUGUGUAUUCCCUGACUUAAGCAAAUGUGUUCAAAAGAUAUAAAUAAAUGAGAUGAUUUAAAUA